GUAAUUCGAAUUGAACGCGACGAAAUACCGGAGGAGUACAGGACAGUGGGUAUUUCGCAUAAUGUUGUUAAUCGAAUUUUGAAUUUGAAUCAAGCAGCAGCAGAAACAAUGGUCGAUGAAAGUUUCGCUGAUUUGAAAAGGCAAUUGGCGCAUGAACGUGAAGAAAAUUUCAAUUUACGUGAACAGAUAAGGCAACUAUCGGAUGCAAACAUAGCUUUACAAAAAGCUGCUUCUGACAGUGUUUCGUCAAUACAGCUGGAGGAACGGCAACGUACACUUGAGGAAACCUUGGCAUUUGUUGAGAAGCAAUAUCUUCUACAUUAUCCAGAGAAUGAUUGCAAAAGGAGUGAAGAGGAUAUAAUGGAAUGCCUCAAGAAAAAUAGAAAUAAGCUGUUGAAUUGCGCAUCGUUCGGAGAGGAUUUGAAGAAAUGUGCGAGUAAUUUUCGGGAACGUGUUUUGAAAGAAGUACCACAAGAAGUACCGCAAUCAUGA